ACCGCCAACCGUUUCCCUCCGACCGACUUCGGCGGCAGAUUGAACGUGAACAAACAAAUUCACAAACGAACUGGGAGGUGGUCCACCUAUUGACGCCAUUAAUCUCUCUACUCUCACCUUCAUUUAAUUUCUCUCUGCAACUCCGAAUCCGCUCUCUGCUCAUACUAUAACCACUCUACAGCUUCUUCAACACUUGUAAUCCAACCAUGAAGGUCUCCAUUGUUUCCAGGAGCGGUAGAGAAAUCAUCAGCGGCGGCCUUCAGAUCGAUGAUUCGGCUACGGUGAGCGACUUGCAGGAGGCUAUUCAUCAGCGACGCAGAAAAUACUAUCCUGCUAGACAGCGCCUUACCCUGCCUACCAAACCAGGGUCGAAAGAGAGGCCUGUUGUUCUUAUUCCAAGCAAGAAACUCCAAGAUUACUGCGAUGGAAACUUGGAUAAACUCACCAUCACAUUUAAGGACCUUGGUCCUCAGGUUUCUUAUCGAACGCUCUUCUUGUUGGAGUAUUUGGGGCCACUCCUUAUCUAUCCCACAAUUUACUACUUUCCAGUCUAUAAAUUCUUUGGCUAUAAGGAGGAACGUCAUAUCUACCCUGUCCAGACUUAUGCCAUGUUCUACUGGUGCCUCCAUUACUCUAAGCGGAUCUUGGAGACCUUCUUUGUUCAUAGGUUUAGUCAUGCAACUUCACCCUUGUCAAAUGUCUUGCGCAACUGCGCUUACUAUUGGAGUUUUGGAGCUCUCAUAGCCUACUAUGUAAACCACCCACUUUACACCCCAGUUGAUGACCUCCAAAUGAAGAUUGGUUUUGGAUUUGGAUUAGUUUGUCAAAUCUCUAACUUGUACUGCCAUCUCAUAUUAAAGAAUCUUAGAGACCCUAGUGGAAAGGGAGGCUACAAAAUUCCACGUGGGUUCCUUUUCAAUAUUGUAACUUGUGCCAACUACACAACUGAGAUUUAUCAGUGGCUUGGGUUCAACAUCGCGACACGAACUGUUGCAGGUUAUAUUUUUGUAAUGGCGGCUAUCUACAUAAUGAGCAAAUGGGCGAUUGCAAAACACCGCCGUUUGGAAAAGCUUUUCGAUGGGAAGGAAGGGAGGCCGAGGUAUCCAAGAAGAUGGGUGAUUCUACCGCCAUUUUUCUGAAAACAACAAAAGCCUUCACUUGGGGGAGAAAAUAAUCCUAAAUCUGCAGUUGCAACUUGGCAAGCCAACAUUGAUGAAGCCCACGAACUUCCAGAAAAUCACUGCUGUCGCGCUAUUUAAGUAUGUUGUUUCUUAAUCGUUUUAUUACAAGACCUUAUAUAGAAGAAAUUCUCAGAGACAAUUUACAAGGCUUGGUUUAUUUAUUUUUUAGGAUGUAAUCUUCAUAUUAUAUCUGAGUAAUCUUUAUUUUUCAA